AAAAGAGCUGUGCUUAGUUCAAACAAUAUUGAAAAGUGAUUUUAGUCUGCACAAGGGACAAUGAAUUGGAUUUGGAGCCUUUUAGUCCUAGGAAUUGUUUUAUGUGCCACGGCAACAACAGAAGCGCCAUCGGAAGAAGUUAGGGGAAUCACGGAUGAGCCAGGUGAAGAGCAGGAAGAAGAUAAAUAUUCUAAACUAGAUAAGAAAAUAACAUCUGAUCUCAAGGAAAUUCUUAGCAAAUAUGAACGUGAAUGCAUGGGUAAUACUGAGUUUUCCGAAAGUCUGGAUAAGGUACGCAAAGCGAUUGAGGGUUCUCUAGAAGAAAAGCUUGAGGCAAAAAUCGAAUUCAAAACUUAUAAUAAGCAACGUAUUGACCUUGAAAAAAGCAUCGAUGAUGCAAUAGAGGCUUUGAACAACGUUCUUCCCACGCUACAACCUAACAGUAAGUGUUCAAAUUUGUUCCUUAAACAAAGGGAAGCACUUAAGAAAGCAAAACAACUUUCCAAUAGUGGAAAAAGUAAAUCAUUAAAAGAAAACACAAAAGAAUGUGUUCUCACUGAUUAUGAUUACACUUACUAAAUUUGAAUAAAAUGGAGAUUGGUUUAUUUUAAAAUCAUAAAGCUAACGAGCAUUACAAGAGAGAAGUUAUAAAAUCUCUCAUAAAAAUUGUAUUUUUAAGUGAUAAGGCUUAACAAAAAAUAUUUUGUUUAUUUGCAAUCAAAUUUGGAAUAAUCUAACAUGGUAUCAUUUUAAAAUCCGAUUUGUUAUAAACAUAAAAAACUAGUAAUUAGUAUUGAUUCCUCACAACAUUAAAACUAAAUUGAGAACAAUGAACUAAGUUUGUAUGGCCAUGUUUUCAAAUAUUUUUAAGUAAAUUGCAUUAAAAUAAAAAUUAAAUUUAUAAACAUCAAA